UGUCAGGUCUUCACCCCUCACACAAAACAAGUACUACUACCCAGUUGUUGUUUCCCAAUCUUCUAAUCUCAUCUUCCUGCAGGGACACAUUAAUCCAAAGGUCCCCCAGAGGGCAGAACAUUUGGAUAUGGCAGAGACAGAAGAUUUGGAUAUGGCAGGGCCAGAAGGGCCAAAAGAUAUACUAAUGGAUCCAAGCUAUAGUUCUUACUUUGAUAUGGUUCAGAGCAGAAAGAAAUUGCCAAUGUCAUUGCAGGAGACCUUAACCGAUGCCUUCGCAAGAAUACCUGUUUCCUCAUUCCCGCAAGUCCCUAGAGGCAAAGUGAUUGAAAUUCAAGCAGACCAAUCUGUUGGUGAGGCAAUUAAGAUUCUAUCAGAUGCCAAUAUCUUGUCAGCACCUGUAAAAGUGACUGAUGAAGUUAAAACCGUAGACUGGAGAGAGAGGUAUUUGGGAAUUUUAGAUUACUCUGCAAUUGUUCUGUGGGUAUUAGAGGGUGCGGAAUUUGCUGCAGCUGUCUUAGCAACCGGUUCGGCCACAGCUGCUGGAGUAGGUGCAGGUGCUGCUGGUGCUCUUGGAGCAUUAGCAGUGGGUGCAACAGGUCCUGUGGCAGCUGCAGGAAUAACUGCUGCUGCAGUUGGAGCUGCUGUCGUUAGUGGAGUUGCUGCGGGCAAGGGGAUGUCAAAAGAUGCUGCCUCUGCUGCUGAUAAAAUGGGCGAGGAUUUCUACAAAGUCCUUCUUGAAGAAGAGCCUUUUACAUCUACCACGGUGAGAUCUGUCGUGAAAUCUUAUCGUUGGGCACCAUUUAUUCCAGUAUCAGCAGAUAGCUCGAUGUUGUGUGUGUUAUUGCUGCUUUCCAAGUACAGGUUGAGGAAUGUACCUGUAGUUGAAAGAGGAGAACCAUGCAUAACAAACUACAUAACUCAGUCUGCAGUUAUAAAGGGUCUUGAGAGAUGCAAAGGAAGAGACUGGUUUGAUAGUAUUUCUGCUCAUCCAAUUACUGAACUAGGUCUUCCGUUUAUGUCAAGUGAUGAGGUUAUUUCCAUCGAAAAUACUGAACUAGUAUUAGAAGCUUUCAAGAAAAUGAAGGAUAACCAAAUUGGGGGUCUACCUGUAGUCGGGGGACCAGAGAAGAAAAUUGUGGGCAGCUUAAGCAUACGAGAUAUUAGAUACUUGUUACUCAACCACGACCUUUUCUCCAACUUCAGGCAAGUUACUGUUGGUGAUUUCAUCAAUACCGUUGCUGGGGGACUUCAUACUACCCAGAAGGUAGGUGUGGCAGUCACAUGUAGUCUUGAUUCAACUCUCGAGGAGGUCAUACAUAUUCUUGCUUCAAAGUCGGUUCAUAGGAUUUACGUGGUAGCAGGCGAUGGUAAAGAAAUAGUUGGUGUAAUUACACUCCGUGACGUUAUAUCUUGCUUCAUAUACGAACCCGCCAACUUCUUUGACAACUACUUUGCGGCAGAUUCCGCCGAAGUAGUGGUGAGCAACUGAUUUAAAUUUUGUAGUAACUAGCACCAGAUGUUAUUAGUGGGAAAACCACCAGUUUCAUUUUUCUUGUUGGGAUGGAGUGCUAUUCAUCUCACUCGCUCACUCUUGUAAACAAUGAUGUUGCAUAGUAUUCUCCAUUUCUGCUU